AUCAGACACAAUUUGGCAUAGCCUCCUUUUGUAUUGUGGAAAUAGCGUACAUUAGACAAAACACCACAAUGAACCCACUACGCUACUUGGCGCCGCCGCGCCCAUUCACGGAAAUUUCCACCUCCACAAGCAAAGAAAUCAAGGAAAGGAUCAGCUAUGUGGACUCCAUGAAAGCGAACCCUCACUUCAACAUCUCCGAAGAAAGAGAAGACGCUCUAUUGGACUACCUGGAAGCCUGCGCCAGUUUGACCGAAGGCCCUGCCAGCAAAGAAGAGCGCGAGGCCGCCCAUACUUGCAUCAGGGGGUAUGAGAAAUCGCUGGAGAACAACGAGCCAGCCCGGCUGUCGUUUGAUCUCGCGACCAAGACCAAACUCGGCGAAGAGCUCGACAACCUGUGGAAUAUGUGGACCUUCAAUCGAUAUGAAAACUACCUCCCUGAGGACAUCAUCAAGGAGGCUCAGCACCACCCUUCCUCUCAAGUGUCUGAUCCCUGGCACAGGGAAUUCUGGAGACCUUUCAACGGACGUCUUGAAGCGGAGAAAGCCGCCUUCGACAAGGUCUUGGUGGGCCAAAAUCAUCACAACGAGUGCCCGACUUUCCUUUUGCUGGCGCUCCUGUGUGAACGCCACACGCUUGAUUGGGAUGAGACCCUUGAAUUGAUCAAGGCUUGCGCAAGGGACGGCGAUAAGCUCGAGCUCCCCGCGGUGGAUCUUGUCGAGUUCCUCAAGAAGCGUGAUGUCACCGGUCUGGCGACGAGAUUGGACCGUGAUGAGGCCAGUAUCUCGCUUUCCACGGAGUAUGUCAUGGGGGUUGGGUCGUUGGUCCUGGCUUUCUUCGCUUCUCAUCUCCCGGAAUUUUUGUUUGAUAGAGAUGAGGUUGACCCGGCGGAUUGGACACCGAAGGAGCCCUUGAAGGUCCUGCUCGAUCUCGACGAGGCACACGAGCAGGCUUUCCGGUUCAUGAUGCAGGAGAUGUUCAAUAAGAUGGCCGAUGGCGACUCCGAUGAGGACGGUGACGAUGUUUACGAUGAUUGGGACAAUGACGAUGAUGACGAUGACGACGACAUUGUCAUGAGUGAUGAGUCUGAAGACUAUUAGCUGUGCUAAUCUGGUAAUUUUGCUUCUCGAUUUGUUAGUCUUAAAACAAGAAGAGCCAUGUGUAUAUAAUAUACCAUCCCUGCUGCCAAUUUCCGUUAAAUACCAAGUUGCUGUUUCCGACCAAGGCCCGCUACUCAUAGAAGGUAUAAUGUCACAAGAAGUAUUUAGCAAUCACCAAUAUCUCUCAUUCAAACUACGCUGCCACCCCCCUUAAGCUACUAGCACCGGGGGAGCGACGAGAAGAGACAAGAAGGUCAACAUCACGGACAUUUACUCUUCUAUCCCAACUCUGCCUGCUCAUCACAUCGACCCGAAGAUCUCAACCCCAUACAUUUAAGCCAAUCCAGAUCAGCAACGCUGCC